CAUUAAAAAUGGCGCAGUGUUGCUAAGGUGUGCAACCAAUCCGGUGACGCGAUGAAUAAAUAACAGCCAAUCAGAAGCGAGCUUUUAAACACGUGGAUGUUUUGUAGGUUGUGUGACCGAAACGAGCAACUAAAUGAAAGUUUAUCGAUAAGAAGCAAAUAAAAUGCCUUUUUAAAUGAUCGUGGUUUGCAGUGAUUAACACUUAUGAACAAAUUAGAUUUCUUCAGUAAUGCAAGUUUCUCGUGAAAGUAUCUGCAAAAGCGUUUAUUUAUUUAUUUUUAUUAUUCAUUCAUUCAUUUAUUUAUUUAUUUCAAAUAUAUGCAGCUAUUAAGUGUUAUAAUAGAAAUAAAAAUGAUAAUAAAAUAAAUUAUACUGAGAAGAAAAUGUAGCGCUAGACAGGCAGAAGCAGUUGAGUGAUCAUGGCUGUGUGGUUUCCCCCAGGCUAGAUCUGUCGAGCACAGAUCUCAUCGCUCGUAAUUCACACGAGGAGGAACUAUGGCGAAUGGCAAGGAUCCCCUGACUCAGCUGAAGGAUCUGGCACAGCUCAAAGAUCAACUCGCAGAUAUUCAGAAAAGAGUGGAGAAUGAAGUGCAGAUUGGGAUACCACAGGGUGGCUCACUCUUAGCCUCUCCGUUCCUGAAGGGCUUCCUGGCUGGCUAUGUGGUGGCCAAACUACGUGCCUCGGCCGUCUUGGGGGUCGCUUUGGGAACCCUUACAGGCAUCUACACCGCACAGACCUAUCAGGUGCCAAACAUUGAGACGACCAUAAAGGACUAUCUGAACUCCUUGAAGAAAGGUCCUAAUAAUUAACACGGCAAAAGAGAGAA